UUUGUUUCUGAAUCUGGCAACCCGGGACGAUCCCAGCCGGCUUAGCGCGUGUUGCCUUCUUCCUUCCUUCCCUCAUUCAGCUGAACGUCCGCACAAGGCAGUCGGCUUCUAAGCAUCAUGUCGAAAGUUGCGGACACUAAGCUCUACGACAUCCUCGGCGUCUCCCCGUCGGCCUCUGAAAAUGAACUUAAGAAGGCCUACCGCAAAUUGGCUAAAGAGUACCAUCCUGACAAGAACCCAGAUGCUGGAGACAAGUUCAAAGAAAUCAGUUUUGCAUAUGAAGUACUGACAACCCCAGAGAAGAAGGAGCUCUAUGACCGCUAUGGAGAACAGGGACUACGGGAGGGUGGAGGCGGUGGGCCGGGUAUGGACGAUAUCUUCUCUCACAUUUUUGGCGGAGGACUCUUUGGGUUCAUGGGGGGACAGGGCAGAGGCCGCAACGGAGGACGGAGGCGAGGCGAAGACAUGGUGCACCCUCUGAAAGUUUCACUUGAAGACCUCUACAAUGGUAAAACUACUAAACUCCAGCUGAGCAAGGAUGUGCUUUGUGGUGCCUGCAAUGGUCAGGGGGGCAAGGCAGGCGCAGUGCAGAAGUGUGUGGCAUGCAGAGGACUAGGUAUGAGGGUGGUCAUCAGACAGCUGGCCCCUGGUAUGGUCCAACAGGUGCAGUCAGUCUGUACAGACUGCAAAGGAGAGGGCGAGUUCAUCAAUGAGAAGGAUCGCUGUAAAAAGUGUGAAGGUCGUAAAGUUAGUCAGGAAACAAAGCUGCUAGAGGUACACGUGGACAAAGGCAUGAGACACGGACAAAAGAUCACAUUCACCGGGGAAGCUGACCAAACGCCAGGCCUGGAACCCGGAGACAUUGUCCUGGUCCUACAGGAGAAAGAACACGAGGAAUUCCGCCGAGAAGGCAGCGACCUUCACAUGGUGCAGCGCGUUGGCCUGGUUGAGGCUCUGUGUGGCUUCCAGAUGACUGUCACACACCUAGAUGGACGCCAGCUGCUUGUCAAGUACCCACCUGGCAAGGUCAUAGAACCAGGCUGCAUUCGCAUGGUGAAGGGAGAGGGAAUGCCACAGUACAGAAACCCCUUUGAGAAGGGAGACCUCUACAUUAAGUUUGAUGUGCAAUUCCCGGAAAACAACUGGAUUAGCCCCGAGAAACUGAACGAGCUGGAGUGCCUGCUGCCGAGCCGCGCUGAAGAUCCCCUCAUUUCCGCUGACGCUGAGGAAGUGGACCUGACGGAUUUUGACAGGAGUCAAGGGUCGGGUGGGGGCGCCCGGAGAGAGGCCUACAAUGACAGCUCCGACGAGGAGGGCGGCCAUCACGGCCCGGGGGUCCAGUGCGCGCACCAAUAGAGAAGACAUUGACGCGUUUACAUUGCACCAUCCUUCCAGCCCCACUGACUUGACACACACAUCUCCUGUCACAGAGACUAACCCAACACACAUACACACACUUUCACCCUCCUCAGUUCUACGGUGCCCAUAAGAGAUGCUGGAGUCGUGGUGAUCAUUUUGUGUUUAAUGGACGGUAGUGCUCAGCAAAACCUCAGCCCAAAAUUGACUCAGACAUCCACGUUGGCUGUUCACUCUGACAAACAUCAGUCGGUCUAGUGUAAAAAUAAAUAAAAAAAAAAAAGUGAAUAUUGUCGACUAGUGUACAUGGUUUAGUGUAAUCUAUCACACACAAGCAUGCUGCUUACCUGCUGACGUCGUCAUACAACCUGGGCCCACACAUGCACGCACACACAAUCUUGUGACAUCAAAGACAACGUCAAGCCUGAAGAGUCCACACAGCUUCAUCCUCAGCCAUGAUUUUCCAAAAUGGUCACCCAUGCUGUCUCCUCGCUAGAAAAUGAAGUCCUGUGUUGUAGUUUCUAUCUUUGAAGUUUUGUUAGUGUGUUUCUUGAGACCACUCAACAUAAUCUGUGAACUUGAAUGUUGCAACCUUUUAGGAUGAUCGCUAUUGCUGCCUUGUGUUUAAGCUGUAAAAUAACAUGUGCGGAUGCUGUCAAACUAUUGAAUGUUUGCCAAGAAAUCUCCCACACCCAUGUCAACGGCCCCCAACUCAUAAGGGCAAAAGACCACCAUAAAUAGCCUAAUUGUUAGAAAACAACCUGUUACUUUGGAGAUUUGCCCCCAAACCUUGUCAACACAACCUCAGCCUUUUUAUUGGAUUAAUAAAACAGUGCCCUGUAUAGUACUGAACUCUUAGCGGCCAACUUUAUAUGAUGGACGUUCUGAUGCUUCAGUGUGAACAUUUGGUCGCGGGGUUGUCAUCAAGUGAUAUUACUGUUACUGCUUAAGUUUGUCCAGAUAAUUAAACUGCAUAAUAAACAAUCUGCAAGUCCA